UUUCAGAGAGAGAACUUGUAAAUCGGUCCAAUUCGACCGAAUUCGGAACACAGCAGGAGGGUUAAACCUGUGUGCUUGGUUAUGCACUUUGCUUAAUAUGCAUUUUGAAUGUAUAAUUCCACUUCCGUAUAUGUUUGUACAAUUUGAAAACCUUUGUCUCCCGAGUGGCGCAGUGGUCUAAGGCACUGCAUCUCAGUGCUUGAAACUUCACUACAGACACCCUGGUUCGGAUCCAGGGUCUAUCACAACUUGCCGUGAUUGGGAGUCCCAUAGGGCGGCGCACAGUUGGCACAGCGUCGUCCAAGUUUGGCCGGUGUAGGCCGUCAUUCUAAAUAAGAAUUUGUUCUUAAAGUAUUGGUCCAACUCUUUAUAGAAAACAAGGAAGAGUGUUUUUCUAUUAGUGAAUUUACAUUUUGCCAUUAGCACAAUUACAUUUAAGGUAAAAAAUAGUUACGGAAAUUGGCAUCACAUUUGAUCAUUCUACGGUGUAUCCUUAGCUCAGUUGGUAGUGCAUGGCGCUGGGUUUGAUUCCUACGGGGGACCAGUACAAAAAUGUUUGCACUCGCUACUGUAAAUUGUUCUGGAUAAGACUAAAAUGUAAACAAGUCUUCAAGAAUAUUAUACAACUACAAAUGUCUUGCCAUAAUCUCUUUACGUGUAGACAGUGCCAAAAUCAAUGCAAAGCUGUUUCUGGACGCUCAACACAAAAAGGACAGUAAUGUCUUUGAGUUUCUUCAGAUAUUAUUGACAAAUGUAUUCCAGUAAAUUGUGUCAUAAAGAAUCGAAACAACAUCCCGAUGAAAUAAAGCAACAAGCUGCUCGUUCUUGCUGACGUGGAGCAUAACAACACUGACGUUAAACCAAUGUCUAGAUCUUUAGAAGAAGUUGAAUAAACAUGAGUGACCUGGGGGACAUUUGUCCCCACCUGGAAUCCAUAGGGGAGGUCACCAAGGAGGACCUUCUGCAGAAAUCCAAGGGAACCUGCCAGUUAUGUGUAGCAGGAGGUCCCAACCUCUGGGCCUGUCUUCAGAGCGAGUGUCCAUAUGUUGGCUGUGGAGAAUCCUUUUCAGAUCACAGCACCCUACACGCUCAGACUAAGAAACACAACCUGACAGUAAACCUGACAACAUUCAGGAUCUGGUGCUAUGUGUGUGAGAGGGAGGUGUUUCUAGAGCAGAGGCCUGCAGUGCUAUCUGCUAUGUCUGCCACACACACUCCCCACCACUGUAAAGCUAUGGACAACCAGGAUGCAGUUCAUCAACCAGUGAGUCACCACCGCCCGUUGAAGGCGGUGCCCAUCGCGGUGGCAGAAGAAGAGGGGUCAGAGUCGGAGGAGGAUGACCUCAAACCCAGAGGUCUGACAGGGAUGAAGAAUAUCGGUAACUCCUGCUACAUGAACGCAGCUCUUCAAGCCCUGUCCAACUGUCCUCCUCUCACUCAGUUCUUCUUGGACUGCAGUGGACUGGUGCGGACAGACAAGAAACCUGCGCUGUGCAAGAGCUACCAGAAACUAAUCUCUGAGCUCUGGCACAAGAAACGGCCCAGUUAUGUGGUCCCCACCAGUUUGUCCCAGGGAAUCAAGCUGGUCAACCCCAUGUUCCGUGGCUACGCCCAGCAGGUAGGGGCAAGCUCCCAGCAGGAUACCCAGGAGUUUCUGCGCUGUCUGAUGGACCAGCUCCACGAGGAGCUCAAAGAGCCACUGGCAGUGUGUGGCGGGGAGGGGGAUGAGAGGAGGGAUGGGGGCGACCGCUCCCCCUCCGAGGACGAGUUCCUCUCCUGCGACUCAGGCGCCAGCAGCGACCGGGGAGAAGGAGGAGGGCUGGGGGAGGCGGGGCUGCUCAUCCAGGAUGAGUGCGGGGUGUCGCCGAGGGUGGGAGGAGGGGGGACAGGCACUGGGGGGCGACCAGGGACAGAAGGGCCCAUCUCGGAGAAAGAGAGGCUGAAGGAGAAGAGGGUGUUGGGCUCACCCCUCCACGGAGGCUCCCAGGAGAUGGACGAGGACGCAGAUGUGGAUACGGCGGCGGCCGAGAAGGGGUCUCUAGAGAGGGGGGCGGAGGAGGAGGAGGGGACCCCCCCUAGACCACAGAGCCCUAGUCAGAGUCAAACACAGGGGCAGAUGCAGAGCAGCAACACUCCAGAGCCAGACAACGAGGCAUCGAUGCAGCAGCGCACCCAGUCUCGCCCCUGCAGCCCUGUCCGUACGGUCCAGGAGCUGCAAGCGAAACUCUCCUCCAGCCCCCCUCGCUCUAGCACCCUCCGCUCUGCAGGGCCCACAUACUCCUUCAAGAAAGCCCAGCUGAUCCUGGGUGCCAAGAAGAAGAAACAGUCUCUCUACCGCAGCGUCAUCUCAGACAUAUUUGACGGCUCCAUCCUCAGCCUGGUCCAGUGUCUGACCUGUGACAGGGUUUCGACCACUGUGGAGACCUUCCAGGACCUGUCUCUGCCCAUCCCAGGUAAGGAGGACCUUGCCAAGCUACACUCCUCCAUCCACCAGAACCUCCCAGCCAAGACCGGGGUCUCUCUGGACGUCUACGGCUCCCAGGGCUGGAUCACCUACAUCAUGGACUCCAUACGCAGGUUUGUGGUGUCCUGUAUCCCCAGCUGGUUUUGGGGCCCCAUGGUAACGCUGGAGGACUGUCUCGCAGCCUUCUUUGCUGCUGAUGAGCUCAAAGGGGACAACAUGUACAGCUGUGAAAAGUGUAGAAAAUUGAGAAAUGGUGUUAAAUAUUGCAAAGUACUUCAGCUACCUGAGAUUCUGUGCAUUCACCUGAAGCGUUUUCGCCAUGAGGUGAUGUACUCCUUCAAGAUCAACAGUCACGUGGCUUUCCCAUUGGAGGGACUCGAGCUCCGACCUUUCCUGGCCAAGGACAGCCUCUCCCAGAUCACCACUUACGACCUGCUGUCCGUCAUCUGUCACCAUGGCACCGCAGGCAGUGGUCACUACAUAGCGUACUGUCAGAACGUGUCAUACGGUCAGUGGUAUGAGUUUGAUGACCAGUAUGUAACAGAGGUCCAUUGAACGGUUGUGCAGAAUGCUGAGGCCUAUGUGCUCUUCUACAGGAAGAGCAGUGAGGAGUCAGUGAGGGAGAGGCAGAAGGUUGUUGCUCUAAGCCAACAUGAAGGAGGCCCAGCCGUGCUGCAGUUCUAUACAUCUCCGAGGAAAGUGGCCAAACAAGUUCAACACUUCACUGAGCCAGGGCCCAAGAACCACACCUUUCUCUGCCAGCACGGGCAGGUCAGGAUCCCACCAUACAAGUACACCUAUAUAGACGACCUGGGUGGUGAUUCCUGCGCAGAAUGUAUGGAGUACCUGUACAACAGUUUUGGAGGAGGCCCAGCAGUGAACCACCUGUACGUGUGUGCUAUCUGCCAGGUGGAGAUAGAGGCUCUGGUCAAACGCAGAAAGGUGGAAAUAGACACCUUUAUCAGGUUGAAUAAAGAGUUCCAGGCGGAGGAGGCUCCUACAGUCAUCCUGUGUAUCAGCAUGCAGUGGUUCAGGGAGUGGGAGAACUUUGUCAAGGGCAAAGACAACGAACCCCCUGGUCCUAUUGACAACAGUAAGAUUGGUGUGAUGAAAGGGGGACACAUACAACUAAAGCAAAGGGCUGACUAUGGUCAGAUCUCAGAGGAGACGUGGCAGUAUCUUCUCAGUAUCUACGGUGGAGGGCCUGAGACUGCAGUGAGACAGACAGUGUCGGCCCCAGCCCUCGACACAGACAGCCUGCACAGAGAGAGGAAGAUAGAGGCAGAGACCAGGGCACUCUGAGAAACACACACAAUGGUCGUCUGUCUGUCUGACUCCUACACCUGGGUGAAGAGAAGCACCUGGGUGAAGAGAAGGACCUGGGUGAAGAGAAGGACCUGGGUGAAGAGAAGCACCUGGGUGAAGAGAAGGACCUGGGUGAAGAGAAGCACCUGGG